UACCGGAAGUGAUUUAUAGAGAAGUUUUUUGCAUGUUUCGUGUUCUCGAUCCCUUGGCAAAGGCGUGUGGUGCUUGACUGUCCGGACCUCUUCACUCGCUUUCUUUACACGUGUAAUCACAAAAAAAAUACUAUGCUCAUCAGGGCGGUGUUUAUUGUCGCGUUUGUUGCAUCAGUGGCGGUUGCGGAGUCUGUCAAAUACUUGGAUUGUGGAUCAUCAGUGGGAAAGAUUGCUGAGGUUGAUGUGACUCCCUGCCCAGCUGAGCCAUGUGAGCUGAUCAAAGGUGGAAACACCAGCAUUGCAGUCAAGUUUACUUCAAACGAGGUAGUGAACAAUGCCACUUCUGUGGUUCAUGGAAUCCUGGCCGGGGUUCCCGUGCCCUUCCCACUCAGCAACCCUGAUGGCUGUAAGGACUCUGGGCUGGAGUGUCCUCUGAAGUCAUCCACAACUUACACAUACACGACCAUACUGCCUGUCAAACCAGUCUACCCUCAGCUGAAACUGGUGGUGAAGUGGGAGCUAAAGGAUGAGAAGAAGAAUGAUAUUUUCUGCUUUGAGGUCCCUGUCAAGAUUGUCAAGAAGUAAAAAAAUAAAACAGGGUGACUCUUCCCUGUCUUCUACUAAGGAGACUGAUAGUAUGCAGCAUUGUUUGAGCUUACGUAUGAUUCAGUGAUGUGCACCAAUUUGUGCUCUUUGGUAUAUAAUAUUUGAAGCACUUGCAGAAUUAUUUUCCACUACAAUACUGCAGCUGGGUGGUGUUUCCCAUCAAUAGUUGGAUUUACUGGAAUGUUGUAUGGAUUCCUUUUCAGUGGAGCUGUCAACAAAUGUAUUAUUUGAUAUGAGAUGUGUAUUUGGAGCUUUAUUUUUAUGUGUUCAUUGUUUUCUUUUCUCUCUCUGGUAUUUUUGUCAGGAGCUGGUUAUUGAUGUUUUUACAACUCAUUCAACAAGUAAAUCACCUUGGCUUUUGAUACGACAAUAUGAAGUGCCUGUUAAAAAGAAUGCUGGAACUUGGUGAUGCUGUCUUAAACUGUACAUGUUGUAGUUGUACAUGUGUGCAUUAUGGGGCCAAUGUUUGUGCCAAUGGUUACUUUUUCAACUCUUGCUUCAUGUUUACUUCAGAUGAUGAAGCUGUUACUCAAGAGGGGUUACAUGUUAUCACCAACCAUGUUCUGACUCUUUAUGAAAGCCACUUUUUCUAUGUGUAAAGUUUGAGAGAACAAUCUGUAAAAAACAUACAGGUAGCACCAAACAAGUGGAAAGGUAAAAUGUGCAUGCCUAUUGGUCAAAGCGUGUAAUCUGUGUACUGACUUCCACACUAGCCUCUAUAUGGCUAAUUUCUAUGAAAACAAGAAAUUCAGGCCAUAUUCUUCUAAAGAUGUGUAGUAAUUCUUACUUUUGAAAGAACUCAGAUUUAAACUGCAAUGUGCAAAAGAGGUAUUGUUGCACAGUCCCUGUACCACUUGCAAAUAUUAGAUGUGUGUCAUAUGAUGAGUACUGGUUACUGACUGGUUACUGUUCCAG